AUGUUAAUUUGGAUUCUUUCGCAUAUCAAAGAAAUUGUUGGUGCAAGUCCAAGUCGUGGAAUUAUGGAUGACUUAUGUUAUGACAUGGUGGUCCAUUCAUUGGAAAUUCUUGUGGAAUACUGA